UGAAUUCUCUUAGAGAGAGAAUCUCUCCCCUCUCACUACAAAUGCAUCUGGUCAUGGCCUCCUGCUGAUUGACGAUCGUCGUUUACCUCCGUCGAUGGGCUCCAAGUCACACCGGGAUACUCGUCUCGACGAGGGGGUUCGGAUCUGGGUUGGUUUCGCCAGAAAGUGCACCGUCUCUCAUGAAAAUAAUUCGGUUUCUUUCACUCCGAUCUGUCACUUCCCAGGCUGGAUCGUCGUGAUAUUGAAGUAUGUUUCUCUCGAUGACCUCUUCUCCCUUCUCACCGUUUGGAUCUUCGAACGGAGGUCUCCAUCACCGUCCUCGCUCACUGACCAAAUGGGGGAAGAUUUUACUUGCCAAAACAUGGCUCGAACGAAAUCUAGAGGGAUCACUUUCUGACGUGUGGAAUUCAGCGAGCACAUGGAGUCGGCGCUUUUACAACAUGCGACCUAACUAGCAUAAAGGUGGCGGCUAAGCAUCGCUACAUUGCUAGGGUUUCUUGUCCACAUUAGAUAAUUUAGUCUUUUGGGCCACUAGACCUAUUGUACUUGGACCGAAUUUUGCAUAUGGGUCUGUAAUAGAAAAUUAGUUAGUGUUAAUAAAA